AUGGCGUCGCCCUUCGUCUUCGAGCGGGAGGUGCCGCGGCGGGACGGCUCGGCGGGGCUGCGGCUGGCGCAGCGCUCGGGCGGCGGGACGGGCUGCGUGGUGUGGGACGCGGCGCUGGUGCUGGCCCGCUUCCUCGACAAGAGCGCGGCCCACCGCCAGGCCCCGCCGGGCCGCCGCCUCCGCCUGCCGCUCCUCCGCAAGGCCGUGCUGGAGCUGGGCGCCGGCGCCGGCCUCGUGGGCCUGAUGGCCGCCACCCUCGGGGCGAACGUUACGGUGACCGAUCUGGAGGAAGUUCAGGAUCUGCUGAAGAUGAACAUUGAGAAGAAUCAGCAUCUGGUCACCGGUUCCAUUCAGGCCAAGGUACUGAAAUGGGGUGAAGAACUAACAGGAUUCCUUCCUACACCAGAUUAUAUACUGAUGGCAGACUGCAUCUAUUAUGAAGAGUCGUUGGAGCCGCUAAUCAAGACUCUGAGGGACCUUUCUGGUCCACAGACACACAUCAUUUGCUGCUAUGAAGAAAGAACUAUAGGGAAGAACCCUGAGGUGGAGCAGAGAUUCUUUGAGCUUAUACAGAAGGAUUUUGAAUUGGAGAAAGUUCCUCUAGAGAAGCAUGAUGAAGAAUAUCGAAGCGAGGACAUUCAUAUCUUCAUCAUACAGAAGAAAAAAAUGAAUCCCCCCUCCUGAGGAAGGCACUCACAAGGCAGCACCAUGGUAGCAAAAGAAGGUGGAGAACAGCCUCCUUUGCAGGUCAACCUCGGCCGUCUGUUGCUUUUCUUGAGGGAGCUACAAGCACGCACCUGAAGCUAAACACAGCGUUCCUAGUGAUAUUUCUGCACAGAAGCUGGUGGUAGAACUCAGGAAGACUUGAGAAGCAAAUGUCCACCUGUUUAACAUCAACAUGGGGCUACCUUUGCACGUAGCUUCUCUUACCUAAUAAUGUGCUUUGUUAUUAAUGAUUUGUUACAAAAAUACAGUGAUUUAUUCCAGUGAGAUAUUCCUGAAAGGGCUCCUGCCUCCCUAUCUCCCUCCUGUUUUCUCUGCUCAUGAAAUAAUAUGAAAUAUUGUCAUUCUUUUGACUAUAAAUGAAUAUAUUAAACAUGGAAGAUAUGGUUUCAUGCACAUACUAAGGUUAGGAAGGGGUGGGUGGAAAGAACAGGAAAGGAAUGGGCAGAGAUGUUGCUGAAGCUCUUAAGCUAGAGGUGGCCCUUCAGGAACGGGGUUCCAAGCAUUUGAAAUUUGGUAACGGCACCUUGAAUUCAACUCGGAAACAGAAGUCCAGCAGUAUAGUUGUUAAAAGACAAGCUGAAGCAUUCAAUGCAGGCCCAUAUUUCUCCCCAUGAAGUUUUCAGAUUCUCUUCAUUUUCAUUCCUGUAUGCAAAAUGGACAAGCUUCAAAACUGCUGAAGAAUAACCUGUCUGGAUAUGAGAUUCUGCGUAUGAGAUUCAAAUGGGAAAAGGCUCUUUUCGCCUAUAGCCAGAGAACACACCUACCUUUCAAAAAGGAAGUCAGAAAUCUAACCUUUUCGCCUGUUAAUAGGUAUUCCGUCUGUUGAUCCAUCCCCUGUGCAAUAGCUGAAUGCUUGUAGGUUUAUCCAGUAAUGACUGGGUAAUGUUCAUAACGGAAACAAAUUUAGCAGUUGAUUAAAAUGAGCAUUAACGGGUGUAUGUUGGUGCGUUAU